GUGAUAAAAGUUAAACGAUUAAUUUUUUUAAUUAAUUAAUUAAUAACCGAAAGUAAAGGCACCCGCCCGGAGUGGAGUAUAUAUAUUCACCUCUUCCCCCCUUUUUCUCUCUCCCAAAUACUCAUUAUUAUUCCUCUCUCUUCUUCCUGCUAUUUUACUUCUAUUUUUUUCACUUCAAAUCAAUUUUUUUCUCAAUUCUUCUUAAUAAUUCGCCAUUUUUAUUGGAAUUUCAAGCUUAAUUCUUCUAGUUCGUCAAAUUUUCUCUCUCAUGACCGGUCAAAUCGUGAUCAAAUCAUCAACAAUGGCGUCAACUCGGCGUCAACCGCUUCUCACUAAAACCCUAACAUCUCCGAAAAAGUCGUCGUCAAAUGUCGGAGAAGUUGCCGGAGUUACGACGGCGAAUUGCGUCGCUGUUUGCUGUUGUUGUCCAUGUAUUCUGGUGGAAUUUAUAAUCCUGGCCGUCUACAAAGUUCCGGUGAAUCUCUGCCGUCGGAUGCUUCGGCGAAGGCGAAAGAUGAUGAAAAGGAAGAAGAUGAAGAAAGGGCUUCUAGAAGAAGCGAAGGAGGUAGGAUCUGGUGUAAGUGAAGUGUACUAUAAGACUGGAUUUGUUGAUGAAUUUUCAGAGGUUUAUAAGAAGGAAUUUGAGAUGAUCAAAGUUUCAGUUGAUGGAUCAACGGUCGAAUUGGAACGAAAGAUGUGGGAACAGUUUCAUGAUACUGGAUUCUGGAGAAGUUCUUCUCAAAGAUUUUCUUGAUUUUUUUUUUUUUUUUUUUUGGGGGGGGGGGAAUUGGGUUGGGAAUCUUCAAUCUUGGGGUGAUGUAAUGUGCGGUUGUAUGCACCGUAAGAUUGGUGUGGAAGUGCUCUUGAAUGGUGGGCCGCCACUAUGGUGUGGUAAUUGGGGGAUAAAAAAGUGUAAAUAUACAAAAUAUUGUAAAUAAUUUUAUUUUUUUUAGUAUACUUGAUUGAUGAAUUACUAUGAAUAUAUGAUCAAUGAUCAUUACUUGAGUUUUGAGUGUUUUGUAGCUUUCUAAAGCAUUGCGCAAUUAUUGUAAUUGGCUAUUGUAAAGUGUUUAGCUAUACUAAUUGAAACUAAGAUUUGGUUUA